UAGAGCAGUGGAGGGGGCUCACCCUGCAGGGGUCUUUAGAGGGUUAAUGAUGCUCGCUGUAGAUACGCAGAUAAAUCUGAGGAUGUAGAUACGAGGUAUUAGCGCGCUUGUGUUAUAUUGUGUGAGGGCAUCUCCUGAUACUUUGCUUGUGUUUUGGUAAUCUUUGGAGUCACCGCAUGGUUGGCACGUCUGGUGUCUGUUGGCAUUCUGCGCAGGAUGUUGGUUGGGACCUGCUUGGCGAUCUGCCGGUGAGAGGCCGUGGAACGUGUUGGGGGCAAACCGCAUGAUCUGCUGGCAGGUGGUCUGUUGACGUUGGGUUGAGGGUUGGCCAGGUGAUGUCUCAUUUUUGUUGGUGGAGAGUGGUGGGAUGCUUUUGACUGGUCUUGGUGAUAAUAUUUGUCAGGUAAUAGUGGGAAUUUGUGAUGUCCUCGAAGUCCACCGUGCAGAUUCUCUUGGGUUCCAGAUGUUACUUUGUAUCCAGAGACUUGCUGGUGGCCCACAGCGGCUUCUUCCAAGCUCUCUUUCGUUCAGGGAUGCGCGAGAGCAGUGGGGAAGCGGUGACUCUGCAUGGCCUGAGUCCAGAAGGCUUGGAGGGAGUUCUGCGGCACAUCACCGGGGGGCCCCUUCAAGAACGUAACACCGACUGUAGUAUCCAAGCCUUGUCUCAGGAGGCCCUUGAGGAUACGGAGUGUUGCAAGUUGCAAGAGAACCCGGACAGCGACCUGCAGGAUGGAUCACAAGGUCCUCUGCAGGCUCUGGUGGAAGCCGCCUGCUACCUGCAGGUCCAGAGCCUUCUGUCCCUUCUUCAGUCCUCGAUCUCAUUAGAUACGUGUCUGGAUCUGCUGGACGUAUCUCAGCUGCACGGCCAAUGGGAUCUGGCAUCUGCUGCUCUAAAUUUCAUGGCUACUCAUUACCAUCUAAUGCUGCGACGGACUGACUUCCGAGAGAGCCCAGAGAGCCUGAAGGAGAGCGUCCUACAGGAGAGGCUCCGGGGCGUACCCAGCCUCCUGGUUCUCUCGCAGCAAGGUAUCGAUUCCUGGGUACUGCUUCGUUACCAAGAUGGGAGAGGCGGCUGGCAAAGCAUGCCCGGCGAAAUACCCCAAAGCAUGCUGAGGGUGCAAGGCUACGGCGCCACGACGCUCCACAACUAUCUCUUUGUGGCCGGUGGGAGUCGGGAGAACGGGCAGGAAAUCAGCGCCGUCCAUUCAUACAACCCAAGCACGGGCUGCUGGAGCCAGGAGACCUCCAUGAACCAGAAAAGGUGCAAUUUCCGUUUGCUCGCCGUCGGCGGGGCCUUGUAUGCCGUCGGGGGCCAGUCCCUGAGAACCGUGGAGUGUUAUUACCCCGCACAAGACACCUGGACUCCCGUUGCCCCGCUUCCCGACACGCUGGUUGAAUUCUCCGCCUGCGAGAGCCUGGGGAAUAUUUACGUGGUCGGCGGCUACACUCCGAGGGGUCGGAAUUUGAACGUUCUGCGAUAUUGCCCGUCGGCUGACCAGUGGUCGGUGUUUGACGCGUACCAACAUCACGUGAGGAAGCAGCAGAUGGUCUCUCUGGAGGAGACCUUGUUUCUGGUCGGAGGCUUUUUACGCGACGCUCGGUCGGGGCUAAGCGAGGAGUCGCUGAGUGUGCGCUCUUACAACACCAAGACAAGAUCAUGGAACUUUCUCAAAAUUAACACUUCUAAGUCCGGGCUGAGUGUGAGCUGCACCCUGCACAACGAUGGCAUUUACAUACUGAGUCGUGACAUGAACAUCACUACUGUUGGGAGGCAUCGAGUCUUCCUCAAGUACUGUGUCUUCACCGGUGUCUGCAAGUACGUCCACGGACCACCUUCAGAAGGUAGCAACAUGCAGCUCUGUUCGAUGUACCUGCCGCAAGCACUCUGAAACGUGGUCGGUUUGGGACCCGAUCUACUAAAUGGUCCAUCAUAUGCAGUGAUCUCAGUGGACCCUGCGUGAUUCAGGCUCGGGUACCGAGAAGAAACGAGAGAAGAACGAGAAUGAGAAAAGAACUGCGUUGGUUCUUCUAGACUCACCCAAAAAGGAGUAUGCGAUCAAACAAGCUUCCCGUUGAUGUGAGAUGGUAGCUGCGUGAGGACAUCGGGUUAGAGUGCCAGUAUUCCUCGGUGUUAAUCACCUCAAUGACUCAUAGCACAUGUUAUGUCCGCUUUUGCGUGCGGAUUAUGUGUUAUAUUUAAGAAUGAUAGCGUAUUCCAGGCAGGGUUUGAGUUGUUUAGGAUGAUGACGCGGGCGGACGGCGGACUUUAGUUUGGGGACGAGGAUCGGCAACCUGCGCAAAAAAGAGCUGGGUAGUUUUCCUAAGAUGAGCAACAGGUGCUCAAAAAUGCAUUUUUUUUUAGUUUACGAUUAUUUAAUGUUGCCAAACAUGCAGAAAGCUCAGCAUGGGCCAUUAAACAGGUCACAUGACCCAGCCCCAAGCAUGCGAUGAUGACAGAUCCGCCUGUAUUCAUGAGAGGAGAUCCUGAAAGCCUUUUUUUUUUUUUUGUUUCAAUAAAUGUAUCUUGGGUU